CUGCACUUCACUGGUUUCACUGCAUUUCUCGAGCUGCUGAUCUUACAUCUGGAGGAUAUUAUCGCUGUUCAACUAAAUGCACCUAAUUUCUUACAGAUUCAUAAAAUCUCAGUCUUUGUUCUGGAGUUGUAUUGUGCGCUGUUAGAGUGUUUAAUCUGGUGGGCUUGUUGCUUCCUGUUUUGUAUUAUUGUGGUUGCAGCUAAAAAUAUCAGUACGCGAGAUGGAGAGACUUUAGUGUUUCCCUUUCUUUUUCUCUGCUUCUUUUUUGUCGUUCUCAUUGUAAAUACGGCAGAAAACCGCUUUAAAUAGUAGAAUUUAAAUCAACUUGUUAGUUUAAUGAGUCUAAAGUUUGCUAAGACUCCGAUAGCUAGCGGACUAGCACGCUACGCUAGCUGACCACCAAAUAUCUUUACACGAUGUAAACAUACGGGAAAACAGUCUGCAUUUUUUAUUUUAUUUUAUUUCUUUUUUGGGUUUAAUCUGUCGGAAAACACCUCCAGGACCGACUCCGGAGAGCACAAAGCCUCUCAGCCUCCGUCAGAAUAUGUGCUGGAAUAUGCCGUGACGUGUCGGCCAGGCUGUGAGCGUGAACAGGGUCCCGUAAGGUAACAUUUCCCCCCACAGCUGUGGAUAGAGAAGGACAUGGACAGCUCAGUGACCCUGUGGCAGUUCCUGCUGCAGCUCCUGUUGGACCCCAGCAAUGACCAGCUCAUCUGCUGGACCAACGAGGAUGGAGAGUUCAAACUGUUACAGGCUGAGGAGGUGGCCAGAUUAUGGGGCGCCCGCAAGAACAAACCCAGCAUGAACUACGACAAGCUCAGCCGGGCUCUGCGUUACUACUACGACAAGAACAUUAUCAAAAAAGUAAAUGGACAGAAGUUUGUGUAUCGUUUUGUGUCGUACCCUGAUAUCCUAAAGGGGGACAUGAUGGCCAGAACAGAGGGUGCAGACGGGGGCUCUGCCGGACCUCUGCCCCUCUCCGACAAACCUGCAAACUUCUCCAGGGAUAAAGACAGCAAAGCCGCCCUAGACCGAGGUGCCGGCCCACUGGGUCAGGCUAAAGCAUCCAGCCGGAAUGACUAUAUCCACUCCGGCUUGUACACAUCCUUCACUUUGACUUCUUUGCAGUCAGGAACGCAACUUUUUAAAUCAAUGAAGAUUGAGAACCCAGGAGAAAAGCUAAUAGACAAAAAGGCAGGCCAGGAGUCUCCCCAGCCGUCCACAGUCAUUAAAUUUGGGACCAUGCCACAGAACAGAAACACCACUCCGUCUGCUAUAGGGAGGCCUGAACUUCCGGCACAAACCGUCCAAGCUCCACUGCCUGCUUUGACAGAAAACGAGACCAAACAGAGCACCGUUUCACAUGUUGUGUGUGCGUUUGUGGAGAGUCCCACUUCAGAGAAUGCCAUGACGGGCUUCCCUCUCUCAAGAAUCUCUCCUUCACUGCUCCCUCAUUCCCAGUCGCCCUCUUCUUCUCCGAUGACGGAUUCCCAAGAGCUGGUGAUUGACAGUGAAAUUGAGUCCCUCUCCUCACAGCCUUCAGAGUUACAGUUGCAGGUCCAGCCCUCCUCUGUUUCCAAGGACACAACACCAGCUUCUGAGAUGUCCGAAUCUCCACCCCGCAAUCUCAGCGGAAAGUCUAAGAAACCCAAAGGCCUGGAGUUGAUGCCCACGCUGGUGGUGACCAGCUCUGACCUCAGCCCUCUCAAUCUGUCCAGCCCUUCCCUCCCUACAGCCUCUCUCACCCCAGCCUUCCUGCAGACACCUCUGCUGCUCACCCCCAGUCCACUUCUGUCGAAUAUCCAUUUCUGGAGCACCCUCAGCCCGGUGGCACCCCUCAGUCCCGCCCGGAGACAGGGCGCACAUACCCUCUUCCAGUUUCCUUCUGCCCUGAGUUCCACGCAGUUCUCUGUUCCCGUAUAUAAUUUAGACGGCACCAACACGCCUGGCCCUCUCUCACCCGACCCACAGAAGACAUAAGAGGGGGACGAAAAUCAACACACUUCAUCUUUGCCUCAUUUUCAUGAUUGAUAAAAUGCAGAUUAACCUUAUUCUGUUCACCUGAACUGGUCCUUUUCAGGAAAAAAAAGAUUUAUGACCAUCGUUUAAGCGUCAAGAGCAUCCGUUUGACUCUUGAACAUAUCACAAAUACUUUUCCUUGGGAUGUAUAUCAAGCCAUCAUACAGUGUCUGCAGGACACUGUAAAUCUUUCAUUUCUGUUUUUUUAAUGCACUGGUCUUCAGGGAUUGGCUCUAGUGUGACUAAAGCAGAUGGCUGUUGAUCUCCACAGCUGCCAAAAUGGGCAUCGUGUGUGCUUUACCAUUGUUUGAUUGGGAUCCUGAUUGAAUUUUCUUGUGUUUUGUUUCUCGUGGCGCUUAAGAUUUCAAUCAGACAAGGAAGAGAUUCUCACAUGAUGUCGACAUCAUGUGUUUGUACAGCCAGAUCCCUGUUCUGCGUCGGAUACAGAGGGAUCGUUUUGUACAUAAUCCAGCAAGUUCACCUCGUCUCAACUCAUGUUUGCCUUUUGUUUGGGAAGUCCUCAAACAAACCUGCCUUGCCAAGCCAUACCGCCCCUUUGCCUUGUGAUUUUGAUAAUGGUGACCUCUGUUUUAUCUUGUAACUUUCCUCAUGCUGCACUUACUGCCAUGUAUUUAAAGUGUUUCAUCACAAUAACCACACUUAGAACACCACUUAUAUAAAAACAAGCUGCACUUACUAGGGCUUUUGCGCCUACUUAUGUUUACUAGCCAUCCAGAAACGUAAAGAAACUUGUCGGCGGGUCAAUAAUUACCUCACGUAAAUGACUCGCAACACAUCGGAGAAACGAAAAUGGCUGGGAAAUCAAAUUUCUGUCCGCUUCUGAGUAUCGCUUUAAUUCGUUUUAAGGUAAUACACAAAUUUUGUUUGUAAGUGAACAUUAUAAAGGAACUCUGACAAUCUCAGAUGUCUGCAGCACCAGCACUGCUCCAGGUUCAUUUCUGCAUAAUUCUAGUUGGCCGUUACAGCUUAUUAUACAAAACUAAUGUUUGGGACGCAGUUUGUGUGCUGACCAAUUUUCCUUCUAUUGUGUCUGCAUCUACAGUUAAGUGCGUCACCUAGUAAAACUAACUGACUAGCUGGUGCAACUCGUGACAACAUUUUAAUGUGUGUUGUACACAAUGUAUCACAACCAGUAUCAGCAGAAGUCAAGGUUAUUUGGGAUAGUUCACCAAAAAUGAAAUUCAUGUUGUUCCAAACCUGCAUAUCUGUCUUUCUUUCUUUGGAACGCAAUCUUUUGGAGAACUGUUGCUGUCCAUGAAACAACAUUGAACCCCAUUGACUUUCAUUGUAUGGAUUAAAAUAUCUUCAUUUAUGUUCCACAGAAAAAAGAAAGUCAUACAGAUUUGGAACAACAUGAUAUUUCAUUCAUUUUUGGGUGAACUCUUUAUGACGAUUGAGGAUGUCAUAUUCUUGAUGUAACCCUCAACAUUGGAAAACACAUCUUAAAGUGACAUAUUAAAAUAUUAACCCUAACUUUUCUGGUGCUUUGACCAUGAUGCACAUUUUUGAGAGGGCAUUUAGUAGGCCAAAUUUGCCAUCACCCUUGUCACAGUGCCUGAUGGCGACUGCGUAAUGAAGCGUGUUUCCAAACACGCCCCAAAGCUAUUGAACCAUUACCGUAACACCACCAGAUACGCCACUGCGGCGAUGCUUAUCAUGCAAAUCUUCUUAUAGAAACCAUUUCCCUUCUCUGAAAGACUGAAAGCCAUUAGGAAUGAUUUCAGUUGAGUGGGAAAACCCAAGAACUUGCUUUACUCCAAUAGACCAGCGAUUCACCAUUAAGCUAAUGGAGCGUACGCAGCGUACAAUGGAAUGGAACGGCACCGUCUCGGUGCUUAAUCCCUCAUCCCACCAUUAGGAUGGUUGGAUUGGUGGAGAUCAGUUGGAUGUGUACCGUAACUGGACAGCUGUCUGUAGAGCUCAGGCCAAAUGCUCAAAACCAUUCCUGCAUUUGUCAGCUUUCCUAGUGUUGUGCAAGAUUCAAUCCCCCCUGCAGAAUACAAUCUACCUUGGACAACAAGCCGAAGCUGUUUGAAAUGCCCAGCCAGAAGUGUCUGUCCUGUUGUAGCUGGUUUGGCUGGUUGGCACAGUCCAGUUAACCCCUGCUUGGAAGAUUAUACCAUAUAUCCUUUUCUAUUGGUGGUCAUUCAAAAGUAGUUGUGUUUCUUUGAAUUCAACAAAUAUAUUUCAAAUUUGGCGUUGCACUAUAGUAAAUGUUUAACAGAGUGCCAUUUUUGGGGGGCUUCAAGCUUUUAUAAUUAUUUCUUUUCAUGGUUAACACAACUUAAAGGAUUAGUUCACUUCAGAAUUAAAAUUUCCUGAUAAUUUAUUCACCACCAUGUCUUUCUUCAGUCGAAAGGACUACGUCACGCGUGGCCUUUCCAACGUGAUUGCGUAAUGCAUGGCACAUCGCAGAGCAGUGCAAGAUGAGCAUUUUUGGUUAAAAAGUAUGUACAUUUUAAUUUGUUUUUAGAAAAUGACCAAUUGUUUCCCUAGAUAAGACCCUUAUUCCUCGGCUGGGAUCGUGUAGAGCCCUUUGAAGCUGCAUUGAAACUGUUUAACCCGUUGAACCUCCGUGAAGUCCACUAUAUUGAGAAAAAUCCUGAAAUGUUUUCUUUAAAAACCUUAAUGUUGUGUUUCUGAUCAGGCAAUACUCAAAACUAAUUCUGUUUUUUGGGUCCAAGGGGCAUCGGAUUCUGUGAGAAGACUGUAUCUUGCACGACAUAAAGAUUUCUAAACGUCUGAUUCUACAAGCCCCUCUUUGCAGUCCUUAUAUUUGAUGUCAAUGCAGUAUCUGUGUUGUUUUUGUGGAGUGUUUGGCAGUCUUACAUCUCCACUUAUAAACCAGUAUAGAAAAUGAAUGGCCAUAUGUUGCACACCAUAAUACCCUACCUCUAAGAGUCUCUCUUAAACUCAAGCCAUGAUUUAUAACUGACACGUGUUAGAUGCAAAACUGGAACAAGGCUAAAAUGCUGACACUCACUUUGCAGAAACUGAACUCUGUUAGUCCCGCCCUGUAGGACCACUUAAAGUGCAAUGAUAAAAAUAGAAAGGGAAAUGAUCAAAAGUGUGUGUAUAUGUAUAGGAAAUGUUCAGCAUCUCAAAUUCAGCUCUCAGGUAUUGUAUGAUUACCCACAGUCCUUAUCCCUUACCCACAGACCCAACAAGUUGAAGAAAUGGCUCUUUCACACCCAUGCUAAAAUGGUGCCUUCUAGUCUUGUUUGUUGCCAGUAAAACAAAAAUAGGCAACAGUUUUUUGUUAAUUGUUUCUAUUCUGAAAGGAUAUUUUUGUUAUUUGCUGCAGAAAAGAGCUAUGAACUAAAAUUUCAGUUAUUUGAAGAAUUGUUCUGGGUUCAAUACAACUUUUGAUAGCAUUUGUGAGCAAACAUUUUUUUGACUUAAUUUCAAGAAAUUAAAUGCCCAAGGAAUUUAAUUGUAUUGUAUUUCUGUUAAGUUUGUUUUUCUUUUUUGGGGGAUAGUUUCCUGUAUGAGUUUAUUUCUUCUUUUGAACAUAAAAGAAGAUAUUUUGAAGAAUGUUGGUAACCAAACAGUUGCUGGUCCCCAUUCACUUCCAUGGUAUUUGUUUUUUCAUACUAUGGAAGUCAAUGGGGACCAUCAACUGUUUGGUUACCAACAUUCUUCAAAAUAUCUUCUUUUGUGUUCAAAAGAACAAAGAAAUUCAUACAGAUUUGGAACAACUUGAGGGGAAAGUAAAUGAUGACAGAAUUUUAAUUUUUGGUUUUAACACAAAUUUUCUUAAAUACAAGCUUAAGUUGCAUUUAACCCAGAAAAUUAAUAUGUUUCAUGAGCAUAGAUUAAUGAAAGCUAGAGUCUGUAUUCAGAUCCAGUAGAAAACGGAUCAUAUGAAAUAUUGUUUAAUCAUACUUUCUAGUACUAUCGGGUUAAUAUUUUCUGUAAUAUCGGGUCUGUAUGCUUAGAUCAAGAAUAGGAACUUUUUAUUUUAUUUCAUUUAAUACCUGCCCUUUUUUUUUAUUAUUAUUAUUAUUUUUACUGUUGUUUCAAACCUGCUUGACAAAAAUGAGAUGUUUUGCAGAAUGUCUUUUCCAUACACAAACUAACACAAACUACAUUAAUUAAUAUGUUAAAUGUAAAUGUACAUUUUUUUUUUUUUUUUUUUCUUCUGAUGCAGUUGUUUUCUGUGAGGAACAGACUGAAAUUGUUGUUCUCCAAAGAUUUUAACAAUUAAAGGGAUAGUUCACCCAGAAAUGAAAAUUCUGUCAUCAUUUACUCACCCUCAAGUUGUUCCAAACCUGUAUAAAUUUCUUUGUUCUGUUGAACACAAAGGAAGAUAUUUUGAAGAAAGUUUGUAACCAGGCCACUUUGGGGCACCAUUGACUUCCAUAGUAGGAAAAAAAAAUACUAUGGAAGUCAAUGGUGCCCCAGAACUGUUCAGUUCCCCACAUUCUUCAAAAUAUCUUCCUUUGUGUUCAACAGAACAAAGAAAUUCAUACAGGUUUGGAUCAACCUGAGGGUGAGUAAAUUAUGACAGAAUUUUCAUUUCUGGGUGAACUAUCCCUUGAACUACUUUUCAAAUAACACUAUAAAUGUAAUUUAUGGUGCUUUUGUGCUCUUUUUGGACCUUGACAGUAUCAAUCAUCCACUUUCAUUGUAUGGAAAAAGCAGCUUGAACAUUCUUCAAAACGUCUCUUUUUUUUGUGUGUGUUUCACAGAAGAAAUAAAUUCAUGUUUGUUUUUAGGUGGGUUUUUAACUAUUCCUUUAAGGAAAUAAGUUCAUUGUACAUACAGUAACAUGUGAUGGGGUGUCAGUAGCAUUGUGCUGUUGUUUUUUGUAGUAUUUUCACUUUGAACUGUAGCGUCUUCAUUUGCAUUCCUGCAGCAUUCAGACUGUUUGAUUGCUCUUGCCUGUAUCGUGAGCACUGCACAUGCAAUUGCCUUCUCAUCGAGGGGAUAUCGAGUUGCUUAAUGCCUUUUACAUUUUGAAUAAUGGAUUUUGUGCAGUGUGCAAAUACUUUUUUUUUAACCUGUUUCCAUUAUUUUAGUUAAAUGCUCUCUUACCCACUUAGUUGAUUGUUUUUUUGUUUUGUUUUGUUUUUUUGGAGGAAAAAGCAGCUCAGUUUGACUGCAUUUUUUUACUUCAUUAAAUAGUCAUUUGUUUUGUUUCUAUGAAAAUUAAAAUUUCUCUUGUAUUGGAUAAAAUGGGUUUAUUAUGUGUUUAGCUUUUAAGCAAUGAUGUCUUAUGUUUUGUUCCUUCUCUAUUUGCUUGAGUUUAGUUUUUCCCCUGAGCACGUUUAACUAUUGUAGCCGUACUGAACAUCUGUUGUACUUUAAUGUGAUUCUAAAGCACUUAAACAUUUUCCUCUUACUGGCACUUUGUAUUUUUUAGAAUCUGUUGUAAAGCUAAUCUCAUUUUAUAGUGACUCCACCACCCCAAACACUCAAAUUUUGGUUUUGGAUCAACAUUUGGAAACUAUGCAUUUAAGCUAUUUGCUGCACAGAGAUUUUGUAAUGAAUUUUAAGACUUUCUGGCAUAAUUAAACAAAAAUAUUUCGUGAUUGCUUUAUUGAUUACUAACAGUAUAUUUUCUAUAUAAAGAGAUUCUUACUCCAAAAAGUCCAGAAUCCCUGUAUUUUACUCCACUUGAAAAUAAAUGUAGAGAAAUUGCACUUUUCAUGAGUAGGGUAUAAACUUUUUUUUUUUUUUUUUUUUUUUUUUUAAGCAAUUAAGGCAAAUUAUGUUCAUUUAGAGAGAACUAUUGUUAAAUAAAAUAUUGUUAACAAUAUCAAUAUUGUUAUAGCUAGCAUAGUUAACAUGACAUGAAAAGUAAUUGAUAUUCAAUUAAUUAUAGAAAUACAUUUUUCUUAGUAAUAUUUACUGGUAUUAUGUAAUAUUUAGCUGUUCCACUGUGAAAAUUCUGUCAUCAUUUACUCACCUUCAUGUCGUUCCAAAUCCGUAAGACUUUCGUUCAACUUCGAAACACAAAUGAAGAUAUUUUUUAAUGAAAUCUGAUUGAUUUCUGUCCCUCCAUUGAUAGUCUAUGCAACUACCACUUUGACGCUUCAAAAAGUCUCAUAAAAAAGAUCAUAAAACUAAUCCAUAUGAAUUGAGCAGUUUAGUACAAAUUUUCUGGACUUAGUCGCUUUAUAUGAUGAACAGAUUUAAUUUAGGAUUUUAUUUACACAAACAUCAUCACACAUCAUUUAUGGUUAACAGAAGCUCAAGCAUGUUUGCUUGACGUGCAAGAACUAAUGAGGUUCAUUCUCGGUUGAGCUUCUGUUUAUGUUCACUGAUCAAUGUUUAUAUGUGAAUAAAAGCCUAAAUUCAAUCUGUUCAUAUAAAGCGAUCGAGUCGCUUCAGAAAAUUUGGAAAAUUCAUAUGGAUUAGUUUUACGAUCUUUUUAUGAACUUUUUAAAUCUUCAAAGUGUCAGUUGCGUAGACUGUCAAUGGAGGGACAGAAAGCUCUCGGAUUUCAUUAAAAUAUCUUCAUUUAUAUUCUGAAGAUGAAUGAAAAUCUUACAGAUUUGAAACAACAUGAGGGUAAAUAAAAGAUCAUUUUCAUUUUUGGUUGAACAAAUCCUUUAAAAGCCUAUUAGCACAUGAUUUUCAACCAUUGCAAAAAUGGAACAUUCUUUAAAAUUGUCACAAACAGGAAGUGACAUUAUUUGCCACUUUUAUAGAAUGACAAAAUAGGCAAUUACAAAAUCUCAUUCCACUGUAAAUUUGUACACAUUGUAGUAUUAACCAUAUUCUUAACCAUUUAAAAAAAAAAAAUUUUUUAUUUAUAUGAAAUAUGUUUUUAAUUGACUACAAACCAACAUAUGGGCCAAAGAAACUAUCCUCUGGUUUUAAUCCAUAUUCAGACAUUUUCCACAUUCAAAAAUAGAAAUGCCAUAUACAAUAGAAAAUUAAACAACAUAUUAUGUCUUUAAUAUUUUAAUCUUAAAUAUCCUUCAGAGGUGGACAAACUCUUUUUCUGCAGAUUCCUAUUUUGUACCCUAUUCAUAAAAAGUGCCAAUGUUAAACUUUAAGACACUGCCCUGUAACAGAAUCAAAUUUUUUUUUCUUAUCCUCUAAAUGUUGACAUGUCAUGACUGCACUGUAUUUGGAACAAUAUUCUGUUUUUCAUGGGCAAAAUUAUGUAGGGGAAAAAAAGGAUGAUGUAAUAAUCAAAAGUGUGAAAUUUUUACUGUAAUGGUACAAUAUCAACACCAAAUGUUUUCAGUAUUUUUUUGUGCAAAUGUAUUUUCAGAUUGUCUCUCUCUAGCAGCUCAAAUGUUUACAAAUUUAUGUUCAUUGGCGUACAUGUUGUACUAAUCUGUGGAUGUUGGAAGGGAAGGAAGAUUUCUAUAAAAAAAAACAAAUGUAUAA